CUAUUAUCACCGUCUACUAUUAAGUCACGUUGCCUCCGCAGUCAACAACAACUAAGCGCUCAACAGCGUAACCUAGCAUGUCCGACCCAACUUUGAUGUCUAGCUUGACCCAAAUGGAGUCCGAUGUCACUACCGGUUCCCCACUGCGAGUCUUACUAACGCCGUUGACUAUGCUUACGUCAGAUUGGCCCAGUACGCUCUUCCUGUCCAUGCAGUUCUGGGAAAGUACAUCAAACUUUUGUCUGACGGAGGCUGCGAGACGGUGUGGAGCCCAUGCGGUGACAGUGACGAUCUAAGGAUGGUAGAUGUCAUCUACAGCAACGAUAAAGAUGUUCGCCCGCCAAAAACUUGGGAGAAUCAAGUACUCCAGUGCAUUCGGGCCAAGGGUAUGAAGGUUGCUCAUGUGGAAAUGCUAGUGAAGGAAGGACUGACUAUAGGGGGUCACCUUUAUGACGUCGUCAAGAAGGAGUGCAUUGAGCCGCAGGGAUCUUAUGCGCUGGCGAUCAAAGGAGUAUCCAAAUACCCCACCCUUCGCAAUCAUUUCGACAAAGCCUUGCGUCGUCGUUUCGGGACGGAUUUCCUAGGCUCCCACUUGGGCCUCGAGAGCAAAGAUGUCUAUGUGUUUUACCUAUCAAACUGGGCUCUUACCGCUGAGCUUCUUAACCAACCGGCCUUCCUUAUCAAUGCGCUCAAUCUAUCCACAGUCCCCAAAAUAUCGCUUAUUAAACUCCUUUACGAGUUCAACAAAUCCAACCUCUUUAUCAGGAACUCCGACAUGGUUGGAUCGGUCCUUUCCGAUGCUCGUAUUUCGAAGUUUAGCGAUGACGUCAUCCAGCUUGCAGAGACUGUGAAGGAAACUCGCGAGGAUACCCGUAACACCGUUAAGGCCCUAGCUGAGCGUAUGUUGUCACAGGACCGUUCAAUUGCUAUGCUGGAAUCAACGGUGGCUGAGAAUACCAAAUUAACCAGAUCUUGGCAACCUCUUGUCUUGGCCUUACCCUCACAGUUGGCGAGCAGUCCCAAGCAACCCGAAUUCUGGAGGAUAUGGAGUUCCUGCACACGCAAUGGGCUGCCGCAACUGACUUAUUGGCUAAGAAGGAGAUUGAGCAAGAACUAAAUGCGCUGAAGGAGAAGAGAAGGAGAGUUAAUGACGAAAUCGCCCAAAAGAAUGAGGACAACGCUGCCAUUCUCAACUCCGCUCUCAGUGCUAUGGUCCCGCACACUGAUGUUUCAGCCUCGUCAUCUUCCUCUCGUAUACCAGCUCCUGAUUCUGAU